CCCCGUGCUUCGCUGGACGGACAGACGACAGACGGACAGCCUCACUUCGCGGACACCCCACAUCUGGACAGCCCUCAAAAGCACGUGCAGCCAGGCAACCGGCAAAGCACGGCGAGCCUAGAUAAUCACCAUGGCAGACGACUAUUACGACUUCUCCGUGUUUCUGCAACCCCAGUCCGACACUCCCUUCUCAUCGGCGAGCCCGUUCCCGCCCUCGGCUCCGCGCCCCACGUCGCGCUCCCCUGAUGGCGGCGACUGUGGCGGCGGCGGUUCCUGCACCCCGGGCGGCAAGUGGACACCCUCGCCCAACGCGCCGACAUUCGCGUCGCUCGAGGGCGUCCCCUUUGCGACCUCGGAGGCGGCACUGUCGGCGGUCCAGCGGACGGCGUACGCCUCGGGGUUCGGCGUCAUCGUCAUGAGGUCGCGCUAUCGCAAGCGCAACAAGGCCGAGCAGGCCGAGAGCACGCCCGUCGACAUCUGCCGCUACGACCUCGAGUGCACCAUGGCCGCCACCCACAACAAAAAGGCGCAUAAGGGCGUGAGGGCCACCAUGCGGAGCGGCUGCAGGUGGAGGGGGUCCGUUUGGCAGAUCAAGCCGAGGGGACAGCCGCUAGUUGGCUGGUUCUUCGCGCUGAAGCACGGCUCUCACACGCAUGAAAUGGUCAACCCGGCCACUAUCCCGGUGCACCGGCGAGCGGCUCUCAAAGCUGCCCGCGACACUGUCAUCGCGCUCCUGAAAUCCCAACCAGAUUUGUCCUUCCGAGCCGUCGCCGAGCUUGUUCGCAAAGAACACCCAGGCACGGCAAUAACAGGGAAGGAUAUUCAGAAUCUCGUUGACAAGGAGAAAAGGAUGGUGGAGGAAUCCGACUCAGCUCAGGUCUCCAUAGGUUCAGGGGGAUGACUAGUUACACCAAUUUCAUCACAGGGAUGGCCACCAGUUCCAGCGGACGUGGUCUCAGGUUCCACUGCUUGAGCCCAUGAGCUUCACCCCAACUACAUACACAGCAUGGUGACUUGCCUGACAUGGAGCACUGCCUUAGGCGUCGACUUCGCGGAAUCUGUAGUUGAACAUCUGGUUCGACUCGACCGAGUUCUCGUCGGCAAGCUUCCUCGCAGUCUCGACUCCGGCGGCAGGCACACGAUAUUCGAAUUUCUUGCCCGGCGCCGGGUCCUUUCCAUCAAUCCGGUACGGGAAUGGCAAGUACUGCAAACAGAGGGUCGUGAGCUUGAGGAGCCCAGGCUCCAGGCCCCCUGAGGACCGGAUGUAAAGCACAAAACACACCUCUGGAAGCAGCCCAAGUUGUCUGAGCACAGUGGCCUGGUCCCAGGCAAUGUGCUCGUGGUAAAGGCGAUCACCCCUGAUGUUGACGACCGAUGUGAAGGGCAUCUCGAGCGACUUCCCCGUGGGUGGAACGCCUGGCAAGCUGUUCGCCAACGUCGCGGGUUGUCAGAUUCGCACAGCGCCUUUGAGGGAGAAAAAGCGCCUUACAGCCAGUCAACGACCCGGUCGUGUGUGAGCUUGAAAAUAAACUCGUCGAUGACGCGAUCCACGCCCACCGUCCGGCUAACAAGCUCCAAGGCGGUGUCGUCUGGGUUGCUGUGGAUGAAGUGGUGGCGGUAGAAGGUUGUGAGGCGGUCGCGGCCGAUGCCUCCGGUUAUCGUGGGGAUGCUUUGUUAAGCCCACGAAUUCUCAGCAAUUGUAGGCCUCGAUAAGAAACACGCGGGUUUGCAUAGGAAAGGCCCCUGUCACCGACUGGUUGACAUAUGGCUCAGCUACCAUGGUACCCAUGGUCUUGGCCACGGCGCGAUCUCCAAACUCAAAGUAGCAGUGCUCGUCCCAAAUUGCCUCGAGAUCGAAGAAGGGGCCCCCGACCAGGGGCCGGAGGAAGGUCAGGGUGCGCGUGUGUGCAACCGCCGCCGAGGAGCCACGGUAGUUUGCGUGCGCGGGGAGCACAAAGUUCGGCAGCGCCUCGCGGUAGGCGUGCAAGGUCGUGGGGCGGUCCCCAGCGGCGGCGUCCGGCUUGGCCACAGCCCCAGCGGCGUGCCAGAGGACGGGCGUCGACGGUCCCGCGUCGAUGGGGGCCGCCGAGUAGUUGACGACGGCGACGACGACGACAGCCGCCGCCGCCUCCGUCACGGGGGGCGGCGCCGGCAGCGGCACGUACGCGACGACGCCGCAGCGGGCCCGCCCAUCCUCGCCCUUCUCGCACUCGUCCAGCGCCGCCAGCGCGCCAAACGCCGCGCGCAGGUCGGCGUGGAACCCGUCCGCGCCGCCGCCGCCUUCACGCAGCGUGACCUGCGCCACGGCGUACCCUUCCUCGGCCCACUUCAGCAGGGGCGGCGGGUCGAGGGUCUUGUCGCUGCGGCCCAGCGGCAGGCCGGCGUCGACGACGAGCACAAGCCCGGGCCCCGUGCCGCGGCGCGACAGGGGCGGCUGCAGCAGGAUGUUGGGGGCGACGGUCCGCAGGAGUGCGGAGGGGAGCGCGACUGGGGUUUCCUCGGCUACCAUUUUCGUGUGUUGUUCUCCCUUCUAUUAUGGCAGAUUAUUCACUCUUCUUCUUCUUCUUCUUCUUCUUCU